UUUGUUAAUACUUUAACAGUAAGAUUUGUUAAUACUGUAACAGUAAGAUUUGUUAAUACUGUAACAGUAAUAUUUGUUAAUACUUUAGCAGUAAGAUUUGUUAAUACUUUAACAGUAAGAUUUGUUAAUACUGUAACAGUAAGAUUUGUUAAUACUUUAACAGUAAGAUUUGUUAAUACUGUAACAGUAAGAUUUGUUAAUACUGUAACAGUAAGAUUUGUUAAUACUGUAACAGUAAGAUUUGUUAAUACUGUAACAGUAAGAUUUGUUAAUACUUUAGCAGUAAGAUUUGUUAAUACUUUAACAGUAAGAUUUGUUAAUACUGUAACAGUAAGAUUUGUUAAUACUUUAACAGUAAGAUUUGUUAAUACUUUAGCAGUAAGAUUUGUUAAUACUUUAGCAGUAAGAUUUGUCAAUGCAAGAAGUUAUAUUUGUUUAAUGAUGAUAGAGGAAUGA